CCUCCCCCCUCCCGCAACGUUCCUUGCUUUCCGAGAGAGGCAUGACCAGUCCCAGUGUGACGGCCCGGCCCAGGAGAAAAGUCAGAAGCAACAGGGUGGAACAAGUGAGCAUCGAGCCUGUAACUUCAUUCCCCUGUCCUGCCAUUCCGGCAUUCGCUGUUCAUGCAGACAUCACGGCUCUGGUACUACCGGGCUGAGUUCAGCAGAGCUGAGGGAACCAGCCUGGGCUCCAGCUGCAUGAAUUUUGCAUUUAGCCUGAGCGAGCCAGGUGUCGUUUGAGGCUGUGCGUGCUGAAAGGCCCUCUACCUGAAAGAUGACUCAGUCAGUGCAAGUUAACCCAAAGCUGCCUGAUUUGGCCUCUCCCUUUCUCUACUCCAGUCAAGAGCAAGUUGACCAGCCGUCAUCUUACUCCGUACAAACACCAUAUGGUUUCCAGCUUGAUUUGGAUUUCCUGAAAUAUGUGGAAGAGAUAGAGAGUGGGCAUAAUCUUCGUAGGGCAGCUGUCACGUCUCGUCGGUCCGGACGGGGGCUCAAAACCUCUCAGAGAUAUGUUGGGGGGCGCGCCAGCGGCUGGACUUCCACAGAGUCCCUUUCCUCUCCUGCUAGUGAGGAUGGCAGGGUGCCUCCCCUGCCGCCGCCAAGAAACCGCCUUGGCUCCGCCCCUUGCGAAGUGCUUUCUCUCUCCCCUGUGACUCUCCUCAGUGUUCCCCCACUGACUGCCGGUGCCAAAGUACCACCCCCUCCACCACAACGCAACCCUCGAGUUGAGCGAACUCUUCUUGAAACUAGCCGGCGGCUACAGCAGGAGCAAAGCCAUCACGAUGGUGGCCGAUUCCAGCUCGCAGAUCCUCCCAAGCAGCUGUCCGCCUCUGCGUCAACUCAGCCUCUGCAGAGCAGCUGGACUAAACCUAGUCCUCAAACCUCUGGACUCAACACUCCUGCCGCUGGCACGACAGUGCCCCCCAGCCAACUGCAGACAGUUCGAGAGCAGAUGGCUACGGCCUUGAAACAACUGAAGGAGAUGGAGGAACGAGUAAAGGGUGUUCCGGCUCUGGAAAAAGAGGUGGCUGAGCUUCGUGUCGAGAAAGACAUGCUGUUGUUAGCACUUCAGGAGAAGAAAGCAACAAAGAAGCCACAGUUGGUCGACUCCUCUUCGCAGACCACAGAGUCCUCCAAAUCCAGCCCAAAUAUCCAGAGUCGAUUAAGUUGCCCAGCCUCACCUGGUCACAAAGGUCACAAAUCUGAGGAAUUGAAAAAGCUUGCUGAGAAGUUUGAGGGGAAAGAUGGUUGUGCAGCACAACUUUCAUCAAAAGUUGUACCGAAGGCUCCUGGGAAGCCAUCUGUUGACAAGAAAUCCGUGGCUGUGGGAGAUGAUCAGCCCAUAGACUCAAUUGUUUUCUAUUACAGCCACAGUGUGAAAGACGCCGCUGUGGGAACUGAGCUCCAUGUUCGUGAGAAGGGCACAGGAACUGAAAACCCUGUGCUUCAUCAGCAAGGAACACAGGUCAGAGCAGAGACAGCGGAGGUUGGGGUUUGGGUUAUGGAGUCACUACUUGGGCUGACGUCUGAGGCGCAACGUGAGCUGGACACCUUACAGGACACCAUUAAAUUCCAGCAGGAGUCCAUUACGAGUCUUGAGAGCCAGCUGAGCUUGGCAGACAAAGAUCUGAGAACUCUCCGAGCGCAGAUUGAGGAGGUAGCGCUUAAAGUCACGUUUGAGAAGGGAGUGCUAGCUAAACCCAUUGCUAAGGAUGCCCAGAUCGGGACGACAUCCUCUACCCUAAAGGAUGCUGCCGUUUUGUGCUGCCCAGCUGUGACGGAUGUCUGUGUAGGUAACAGCUUUGCACCAGAGUUGAUCGAGCAAAGUGCCCAAACUGAUACUUUAACGACAGCAGAAGAACCAGUAUCUGUUGUCACGGCCACCAUUGGUUGCCAGUACGAAAACAUGCUUGAUGACAAGAGUGAAGACCAGAAAGUUACUGUGUUAAAGAAGAGACAGCUGACCAUAAAUGAUUACAAGAUCUUUCCAGAAGAGGCAGUGAGUGUGUCUGAGGAGCGAGAGGAAGGCCAUGGGAACACGACGACACCCGACAAUCUCAAAUCAGAAACAGGCAUGCUGAAAUCAAUCAUGAAGAGGAAAGAUGGCGCAGUUGAAAAUCGCACGACAGGCAAGAAGAGCUUGCAGUUUGUUGGCAUUUUAAAUGGAGGGUAUGAAUCGACAUCCAGUGAAGAAGAGGAAGAUGAGGAGGAGGAAGAGGAGGAGGAGGAGGAAGAGGGAAGCUCCUCUGAAGGAAGUGGAGAGGGGGACUGCUUGGAUAGCACGGAGGAGGAUGAAGUGGAUCUGCAGGAAGAAACGUCGGAGGAGGAAAGAAACGUCAACCUGGAUGAGAGCGACACUGAUGAGGAAAUUCUGAGAGCGUCAAAGGGCUCAUCUGAUGGCGUCAAAGAGAAGUUUGAACUGAGCUCCAAAAUGCGUGAAGCUUGCCUCAUUCUCAAGAAUCACCUCAACGAUGACAUCCAAACACUGAAGAGUAAGGAAGUGCUCGCCAGCACUCACAUGGUCCAGCUCGAGUGGUUCCGUGUUUCCAGCGCCAAAAUGGCUCAGCCUUCGCGGGUACGCGACUACCUGAUGGCGUUCUCCGAGGUGUCCGCGCUGCUGCUUGAGCAUGUGGUCAACAUGACCGAUGGCAACGGCAACACCGCUCUGCACUAUAGUGUCUCACACUCCAACUUUGGGGUCGUGGACCUGCUGCUGGACACAGGCAUGUGCUGCGUGGACAAGCAGAACAAGGCGGGCUACACGGCCAUCAUGUUGGCUGCUUUGUCCACGGUGAAGGAGGACGAUGACAUGUCUGUGGUCAAGAAGCUCUUCAGCAAGGGCAACGUCAACGCCAAAGCCAGCCAGGCAGGUCAGACGGCGCUGAUGCUAGCUGUGAGUCAUGGCCGUCAGGAGAUGGUGGAGGCGCUUCUGGAGUGUGGCGGUGAUGUCAACGUGCAGGACGACGAGGGGUCCACGGCGCUGAUGUGUGCCAGCGAACACGGCCGAGCUGAGAUUGUCAAACUCCUUCUGGAGCAGCCUGGUUGUGACAUCUCCAUCGUUGAUAAUGAUGGCAGCAACGCUCUCUCCAUCGCUGUGGAAGCGUCUCACAACGACACUGCUGUGCUGCUCUACGCCCAUAUGAACUAUGCAAAAACUCAGUCUUCUGUGGGAAGCCCAAAGUCUCCGAGGAGCCCGACCAGCUGCCACAAGUCCUGGUCCGCAGAGUGACUUGGCAGCAGUGGAAAAGCAACGCAAACUGGAUCCGGGCUGUGAAUGGCUCCACUGGAAGUCUCAAUGUAUUUAUAUAUUGUAAUACGCCCUCUGUUUAAAGUAUUGUUCAUAUGAGAAUAUUCGUUUUCCAUAAAGAUGAAUGAAAGUUA